GUCGCGCAUUGGUGACGUCAUCAGAAUACGCCUGGAAGCGCCUGGCGAUCGCGUGUUUUUGUGUUGGCCGGUUUGAAGUUUCCCCGCAUGGCGAAUUCCUUCUCGCAGGAGCUCGAAGACCUCCUCAACCCUCUCCCCAAGUUCACCGAUCCCGAAGACGACCAUGACGAGGCCACCAAAGCCCGGGUUGUCGACACUUUCGCCGGCGACGAUGAUGCUACGGCGGACGCCGAUGACGGCGUCGGCGCCCUGCGGCGGAGUAAUGCCAUCAUGCUUGCCGAAAGCGACCGAAGGUACCUGGGGAAGGCCGUCAGCAGACAGAAGCUCUUCUUAAUGGACACGGAGCAGGACUAUGAUGAUGAUGAUGAAGAUGACGAUGAAGAUGACGAUGAUGACGACGUCUGCCAUGAUCAAGAUGACCAAGAUGAGGAAGACGAGGAGGAGGAGAAGGAAGAUGGCCCCGACGAAGAACUCGAGGAAGGCGAUGACGUCGACGAGGGGUCGGAUCCAGACCUCUCCUUUCCCGCCGGCGUGGACCUGCGCAAGCUGACGGAAGGCCCCGGCGCGAUCGAGGGCGAUGAAGGCGAGACGGAGGACGACGAAGACGAGGGGGCCGCCAUCUCCACCUUCUCCAAGGCGAAGGUGGACGAGGAGGUGGAGAAGGGCCGGGCGGUUCGCAGCCAGCUGGCGGUGUGGGAGCGGCUCCUGGAGGCCCGCAUCAAGAUGCAGAAGGCGCUGGCGAGCGCCAACCGGCUGCCUCGGCCCCACGUCCUCCCUCACUUCCGCGCCAGGGGCGACGCCCAGCUGGCGGGCGCCACGAAGAAUGCGCGCAAGGCCUUGAAAGCUCUUCAGAGGUCCCUACUGGACCUUCACGAUGGGCUCAUCCAGCAGAGCUCCGCACCGGUCCUUGUGGGGCUGGAUGAGGAAGACGACGACGACGACCACAAAGAGGGGAAAGCGCCCAAGCGCAAACUGGACAUGGCCGACUACCCCGAGAUGGCAUCCAAGCGCUUUGCCGCCUUCCGGCCGUUUUGCGACGCCACGCUGCAGAAGUGGCACGACAAGACGCGUCUGAGCUCGGGCAAGAGCGGCGGCAGCGGCAACUUCGGAGCGUUCGAGCGCAACAUUGUGACCCAGGUGGCGCAGAUUCUGAUGGACAGGGAGCGGCUGGUGCGGCGCACGCAGACCAGGCGCUCCGAGUACCGGGUCCUCGGAACCAGCGAAGAGCAGGAGCUCGCCUGCGCCGACGCUGAAAACCGAUCGGAGGAGACGCGCGAGACGGAUCAUUCGGACCGGCCGGCGGCCCCCGCAGGCAAGCCGGCAAACGACGCGGACGAGGACGUCUUUGACGACGACGACUUUUACCACCAGCUGCUGCGCGAGCUCAUCGAGCGGAAGACGGGCGGCGCCGACGUCAACCGGCAGGUGGCGGCGGGGCGCCAGUGGCUGCAGAUCCAGAAGCUACGCAGCAAGCUCAAGAAGAAGGUGGACACCAAGGCCAGCAAAGGUCGCAAGGUCAGGUUCGACGUGCACGCCAAGCUGCUCAACUUCAUGGCGCCCGUCCUGCACGACCACGACGACCUGCCGCACGAUGCCCGCACCGAACUCUACAGGGGGCUCUUUGGACUCCGCCCACCCGCCGUGUCAUCGGCCAGCGCCCAGUAACAUUUGCGCCGAGCAACGGCUCGUUUUCAUGCAACGUUGCCUUGAAACCGUUAAGACUGGACCCUACGAGAGGCGAGCAUGGCGUGUGGCGACGUACCGUCAAGUACAACGUAUAUGAGACUGCGGGUUCUAUACUAUUAAAUAUCCUCCGGCA